UGGGAGGGAGUACCGAUGAACACACUCAGCAGAGAAGGAUGGUAUGAACUCUCUGUGCCUACAGGACACAUAGAGGCCCGGCUGGUGGGUGGCGAGCACUCCUGUGCUGGGCGCCUGGAGGUGAGGCAUGGCCUGACCUGGGGCACCGUCUGUGACGCUGACCUGGACCUGGCCACUGCCCACGUGGUGUGCCGGGAGCUGCAGUGCGGCGCGGCCGUGUCCACACCCCAGGGCGCCCACUUCGGCCAGGGCUCUGGGCUCGUCUGGGCCGAGGCCUUCCGCUGUGCGGGCAACGAGUCCCUGCUGUUCCACUGCCAUCGGGAGCGGGGGCACCAGUGUGGGCACGGCCAGGAUGCGGGGCUCAGGUGCUUAGAGUUCCGGCUGGUCAACGGCAGCAGCGCCUGUGAGGGGCGCGUGGAGUUCCAGGUCCAGGGGGCCUGGGCGCCCCUCUGCGCGGCCCACUGGGACUUGGCAGACACCACGGUCCUCUGCCACCAGCUGGACUGUGGGAACGCGGUGGCCACACCGCCGGGGGGUCACUUUGGGGGCGGAGCCUCCGCGCUCUGGCCGGACGAGGUGCACUGUAAAGAGGAUUUUUUUGUUAAUAGAUAUAAUUAAAAAAAAAAAGAUUUUUAAGUUGAGGUAUAGUUAAUAUACAAUAUUAAAUGUUUCAGGUAUAUUGCAUCAGAUCAGAUCAGAUCA